UGAACACCUCAACAGGUACCAAAACCACUUUUUUUUAACCCCUUAAAGAUACGAUGAGUACCCCCGUCCUUUUCAUAAGGAGUCCCCCUUCCCGAGGACGUCCGGGAUUAAAGUUAGUAUACACAAAGGAAAACAGAACUGGUCAAAAUCUUUCUGUCCAUAAAAGAUAGUUUUAAUCCUGAUAAGUUUUACCCGAAUUUUAACUUAAUCAUUUUAAAAGGUAUCUUAAUUUUGACACCCAAAAUGGUUACGUGGAUGCUAUCUGGGAUUGUUGAAGUAGGUGCCUUUGGGGUAGUCAGGAAGGCAUCAUCUGAGAUUGAAAAUUGUAUCGUAUCGAUAUUUUUGUACUGCGCAAGUCUGACUCAUAUCACUCUGUUAUAUUUUAGGCCUUCGUAGGUGUCAGUUGUAUUGAGAGCUCCGAGUAGCCUCAUGUAUAGAAUUAAUUCAAGUCAUUGAACCUUCAGUUCGUUAGUGUGUCCACUUCACGAGAAAUUAGCUUCCCAUUUAAACAGAUUAUGUCUUUAGUACUGUAAAAGAUGGACGUAGACGCACAAGGAGAUUUUAUUUGUUUCCAGUAGCUCUUCCGUGGUUAACUACGUUUAAAAAGUAAGAAUGCAGCAUUUACUGUUGCGAUUGAAAAGCCAUAAAGCCGCUGUACAAACGGAUGCCAGUUAGGGAAGUGAAUUGCUACGUUUCAAACUAAUGUUACCCAAUUUGGAUUUUUGACUGGAGUGGAAUACGUUUUCAUUGAUACUUUCAAGAUCAUUUACAGUGAAAAAGACAACUGCUGUUUUAAAUAAUUUAAGGAAUGCUUUUAAAAGUAAGAGAUUGUUCUCUUGCCUAUCUCAGAAGAGGUACACUAUCAAGAGGCGAAUAAGGUACACAAUUGGAGGGCAGUAGAAGCGCAUAAUAAGGGAAGGGGUGAAAACAACUAUCCUAAAGAACUACCAUUUUGCCUUAUAGUUUACUAAAUAUGCAUCGUGUAAUAUAUCUCACAGACUUGGAAAUUCUGGGACAAUACCGUGGGCUGAAAUCAAGAAUAAACCGAAAACGCGGUAGUUCAAAAAUAGCCGGCACCGUAUUUUACCAAAUUCAAUGUGUUUUCGCUCAAUUUCUUGAUCGUUUUACGACUGCGGUCCACGGAUUUCCAAGGAUGAGCUAAAAAAAACUUUUAAAUACAGAAUGCCAUAGCGCAGAUAUGUAACACGCGUUCUGCUCGCAGCUUAAAUAAUUAAUAUAAGAAAUGAUUAGAUAUUUUAUACCCGUAAGGUGUCUUUUUCUAGAAACAGAAAUAACAGAUUUCCGGUACUUUUAACCUGUUCAUGUUAUGUAAUGUUACUUCGCGUGGUUUUAGCAAUUUAUAUAGAAAAGAUACGUAAUUUUAUACUCUAGAGCUUUAAUAACGAGUAGAAAACCUGUGACGGUUAGGUGUAUCAAGGUAUAUUUUAAGGUUAUGUUAUUAAGAUACGUGCUUGUUGAAGACCGCAAGGAGAAACAUUUCCCAAUGGAAGGAUGGAAAAUAGAUGUUCAUUUAGAUUCUUCCUCGAAGGUGUAGCUGUUCAUGUUAAUAUUGUAAAGAAUAAAAAAGAAGAAUAUUUUGUAAUUAAAUACUCUGUGUGGUAUGUUAUAUGGGAAAUGCUACUGAAAAGUUUGAUUUUCUAUAAUGAAAGGAUUUUCAAGAUAUCAACAUUGAACAUUUUUUUCAACCAGGAUGCAUACUUCAAAUAAACUCUCUACGCUUGCUAGUUAGAGCCAUUUUAAAGCAAGACUGAUGUUGGCUUCCUACUUCACUGGUUUGCUAUCAGUGUCGCAAUAUGAAAUCGUUUCCAUAUCAACCACGUAUACUCUCUGUUAGCCUGUGCCAGGCUCUCGGUCAGUGAGGACGAUUGAAAAAGUGGGCUUGUCGCCCGCCCGCUUUUUCGAUCGUCCCCACUGACCGAGAGCCUGGAACAGGCUGCACUCCCACGAUUGGUUCCAUGUUUUCGCUACGGGGUGCGUCAGCUCUUCGGAUCACCAGUACCAGCAAAUUAAUCACUGAUUAACUUAUUGAACCUGGUCGAGGCACGGAUCCUGCACGGAGAGAACAGAACCUGAAAACUUUCGCUCUGUCUGUAUGUAUGCAAACACUAUCGAGGUAUUCAAAUUUGUUGGAUUUAUAGCACUGUAAGAGUGCAAAUGGCAAACUUUGAGAAUUGUAGAUCAUUUGAUGAAACCGCUGAAACUUGGUCGGCUUUCUCCGUUGCGUGCCUGGCCAGGAGUGUCUAACAUUUCGCUCCGAAUGAUUAGUCGAGAUUACGCUUGGGAGUGAUAUAAAAGAUUCUUUUCUUUUCCCUCGUAGAGCAAUUAAAACUAAAAAAAUACACGUUUCUUUCUGUUUUUUUUAGACUAGAGCGAUUUGGAUGGUUCAACUUAUCGCAUGCCCCCGAGACGUUCUGACCACCAAUGUAUAGGAAUCUACCACACGAAUCGUUUCGUGUAGUCAAAUCGGCUUAAAAUUUGCUAGGUUCGAUUUCCGCCGCUUUCUCGAGUCCAAUAAUUUGCUUGCAAUUAUGGUUUGCGACACGAAAACUGUCGUAGAGGUUUUAAACGUGUUUUAAAUCUCUACGACAAAACCAGGGACCCGAUGAUACUGAAUGAUGAAAGUUGCUUCGAUUUCUGCUCGACGCGCACUGCAAAAGUUCGCAUGUGACAAAAAAUUGUAUUUCACGGACUGUCAAUCGUUUCUAAGCCUUUGGCUACCUGUGGUUCCAGAAUGUCGAAGAAUUUCCUGCAAUAUCCUGUUUAACACUCAAGUCGAGUCAAGUAUUUAAUAAAAGAAGGUUUCCAUUGCCAGUCGUUUUACAAGAAUCGAGACGGGAUAUUCUACUAUCACGUUUCUAUGUGUGUACCCCAGGGGUUGUUUUGGAUCAAAGCUCCGCGCUCGCCUUCCGCACGCACGUCAUUUUCCAGUUCACUUUGAUUGAUUCCAGUUCAUUGAGUCAAGGCUUCGUUUGCUCAUAACUCACGCUAUGAAUGAAAACUAGUGAAUCUCAUAAUCUGACCCUAGAAUGAUAAAAGACUAUGCAACGCCCGGUUAUUAGGUCUUAUUAGCCCUGCACUUGUUCAACGGGGGAGCUAAAAAACAUCAGUUGGGGGGGUUGGGGGGAGGGGGGGCUUUUAGAUGGUGCGAGGACGUUAGUACAUUAAUGUCGUUAAUAUGGAAAAGGUGCACAGGCAGGCAAGCUUCAAGGGAAGGGUCUAUAACCACAAGGUCUCAAAAGCAGGGCGACGAGCUUAUGACCGACGUUUUACGGUAUGGCGCAAAUCCUGCACCAUACAAGGAAUUUUCAAGCAGGGGCAAUUAAGAAAAUAGGCACUUUGCAUAAAUGAGGCCUAAAUUAAAAAAAAAAAAAACUUUAUACAUGCCAAACCUCGUGUUAAUGUUUCCAUGCAGACAAAGGAUUUUUCACAUGAAUGUGAGGCUUAGGAUGUAUAAGUGUCGUUAUUCAAAUAUCAGCACCAUGCGUUCGCGCGACUUCCCCUUGGUUCUCGCUUUCUCCCGCCUAGAGGAAACGGAAAAGACUGCUACGCAGGCUAUUUAUGUAAAGGGUAUAUGUAGUCAAUCCCAGAAAUUGCCUGAGCCUCGAAAUGAUUUUAAGCCUCGCUAUCAAGUAGAAUUUGCACGGUUCUUUGAAAGAGAGCCACACUGUGAAAUGGAUGGGCUCGAUUACCAGCCGCUGUUCGAGAAAGGAGCCCGCACUCCUCCCCCGAAGGAGGAACGUACACCGGACUCGAGAAAGCGGCGGAAAUUGAGCCUAUGAAAUGGGUACCGUCGGAAAAUAGAUUUUAUAGUUUACCUUAUGAAUUCAAUAACGUGGGAGGCGAGCAGAAAUUGAAUAGGACCACGGGCUCAUUUCCCAAUAGUUACACUGUGUCACUUGGUUUGUCACACUUGUAGUUCGUUUUGGUUUGGGCCUGGGUAGGGUUUAUCGUCUUGCCUUUUAUUGCCAGACAAAUUGUGUAUAUGAAUGAAGAAGGGCUCAUACGAAGACACAAGCCUUGAAACAAUAGACUUCAAGUGUCGCUUAGAGUGGAUCAAAGAAAGAUAAACGUACUUAGGGAACUUUUAAUCUACACGGUCUAAGAAAAGAAAAUAAUUACAAACAAUUUUUACACAAAAAGCGCGCAUACAAAUUGAAUUCAACAUCUUAGAGGCCUGGUGUUAUUGAUCUUUCAUACAAUAUAGUUCUCCUUUGGGCAGCAUUUCAAAACGUGAAUAGGCGGUCUUUGUUCAAGUCUUAAAAAUACAAGGCGCGGUGCUUCAGCUUUAUUUCCAUCAUAAUGUACAACCUUCAGUCGUGAAUAGAUUUCAACGAUAUAGUUGACAUUUGCACAGAGCUGUGUCCACAAACGGCUUAUGAUUUCGAAUAUAUGCAUAAUAAAAGAUGUCUGCAUUUAAACAUUUCGCGCAGGGUGGCCGUUUUUGUUUGCGAAAAUAACAUCACAUCGCGCGGGAAUCAAAGCAUUUCGUUGUCCAAACGCCGACUAGCAACCUCAAAAGUGUUAAUUAGUAAUUGUUUCGAAGGAAAACGUGAAGAUGUGCUCUUCAGCGUUGAAGAAAUUCGAUAAACAUAACAGCAAACGAGAUUCGUCCUGCAAAGAGUUGCGAUGUGCUUACAUGAAGCCAGGAGAAAUAAGCAACGAAUAAUCAUUGCAUUUGCAGCUCUUUGUCGAAACGUUGGCUGUGGAGCCUAGAGGAAUAGCUAGAUAAUCCACAUCCAUAUUUUUAAAACAGUCUAUAACGACAUCUCAAGAGGCAACCGGUACAAAAAUGGGACUCAGUGAACUAGAAGAUUUACAACAGCGUUAUACUCGCUUGGAGCAACUUUACAGCGAGGCUGUCAGAGCAAGGGACGAGGCCGUUGAAGAGAGAGACAAGGCAACUGUUCUUAUCGCGCUUCAACUGGAAAGCGAAACAGAAGAGCUGAACAAACGGAUCGAAAUUCUGCAGAGUCAAAAUAAGAAACUGUAUGAAGAAAACGAGGAUUUGAAAAUCCGGUUGGGCUACGCUAAGGACGAUAUAAACAAAUUACAACAGAGACAUAUUGCGCUUCAACUCGAACAAGAGAAGUGUUUACAAGAGAGAGAAGAUGCCUUAGCUCGAGUUGAAGAAUUUGAGAACAGCAGAGAAACAGGCGAGGUUGUCAAAGAAGAGGAUAAACAAGGCGUCGGGAAGAUGGCGAGCGAGAAAACGGUACGUUACCUUAAAUAUCAGAAAUAUAUUAGCAUUAGUAAAAGUGAAAAGGUGGUUCAUAAUGAAUUUGAAUGGCUAAGUUUAUAUAGUGACUCCUCUUAAGCCGUGAAUUUUAUCGUCACUGUAUUACUAUGUAAGCAAAGGUUUUGUAAAGCAUAAGCAAGUGAAAAUUAGCGAUAAGAACGAAUCUUGAGCGAAUUUUCUGACAGUUUAUCUUUUUGCAUUUGAACUUGAAAAUGGUGUCACGAUGUCACCGAAAUGUUGUUCUUUCUUAUCGCUAAAUUUUACUUGUUUACACUUUAUUACUCUCCAAAUAUUUUGCGUUCAAACUCUGCUUGGUUGUUGUCCCGAGUGUUGUGUGCAAAAGUCUUCAAAGACCACAAAAGCCCACAAAAGCUGGACUUACUUAUAUUUGCGAAGCCAACCAUAUAUUAGUUUGAUCGGUAUCAAUUUUUGUCUACGUCUUGUUUUUUCUCCAAAGGAUUUGAAUGAUAAAUCAAUUAAUUAAUAGUUUGAUGUAUUUAUUCAUUUACUUCAAUUGUAUCUCUGAUUUAUCUAAUUUGAUGAUAAGACAUGUUCCUAACCGAUGACGCAUUUCAUGGUCUAAACGCAGUGUCGUCUCAUCUCCUAAGUCAAUUGUCGAGUCAUGUUUCUCAAGUGCUGACGCAACUAAUCGCUUUUGGCCGAUGCUAUUUCCUCGUACCGCAGUUAUCAAUAUAUUUUUUCUAGUUAAGAGAUAAGAUGUGCGACGUGUUUGAAGCGAUGCCGCAUUUCAUCCCUAGGGAAAUAAGCAAACCACCACGACGAUGGCAACGAGAACGUCACGAAACAAAAGGCUUAAUUAGCAAAACAAUAGCUGUGCACGUGCGUUACAAAUCUUUGCAUAUUUCGUCGACGUCCUCUGUAAAACAAGAACGUGAAACGACCAAGCUCUGCGUAGUCUGAGGAACGCGAUCGAU